CCAAGGGAUGAGUCUCUGUCAACCAAAUCAACAACACAGAGACCUCCCCCGGAAACGCCAGCACCCAGACUCGGCUGACCCGGCAAGUACUUUUCAGAGACGAGCUUGUGCGAUCCAUUUAUCAUCGAAUCGGCUGCCGACAGCUCCGGUGCCCCCGCGUUAGCUCUCCUCUUCGGCAGCCCCGCCAUUGGAAGCGUCGACGCCGCUCGCGCCUGAAGAGCGCACUUCGACUUCCAGUCUCGAUUUGUCCGGCGCAACCGCUCUCUGGCCAUAACACUGUCGUAUCGCACGAAGUAGCGCGCCAUGGCGUCGGUAUCGUCAUUGGACAAGGACCUGCGCAGACUGCGCCUCGACAAAUACACGCCGGCCGCCGCGAACGAGGUACGACAAUGGAUCGAAGGCAUCCUCGGCGAGCGACUGCCGGACGACGAUCUGCUUGAGGGACUGAAGGACGGCGUGGCGCUGUGCAAACUCGUCAACCUCGCCAUCGGACCGCCCGGCGUCAAGUUCAAGAAGUCUCCGAUGCCCUUCGUGCAGAUGGAGAACAUCUCGCACUUCCUGCGCGCCUGUCAAGCCCCGCCCCUCAACCUGCAACAGCACGACAUGUUCUUGACGGUCGACCUGUACGAGCAGAAAGACCCGGCCCAAGUCCUGCAGUGCCUCGGCGCCUUCAGCCGUGCCGCCAACAGCGUGAACCCAUCCGCCUUUCCAACGUCGAUCGGCCCGCGCAGCUCGCGCGGAACUGUCGUGAGCCCCCAGGCGACGGGCCCAACGACGCCCACCGGCCUCCGCGGCCGCGCCACGUCCAACGCCAGCAACGCGUCGUCCUCCCUCUACGGCAAAGGACCCGCUCUCGCUCCCGCCAGGACAGGCGACUCUGGCUCGGGCCGCUGGAGCCCGACGAAGUCACCGUCUCUUGGCGCUUCCAGUCCCCCCGCGCCCGUCAGCAGCUGGAGCAAGAAAGAGCAUGAAGGUGCUACGGCGCCCGCCUGGAACAUCGCGCAGUAUGGGUACAUGGGAGGCGCUAGUCAGGGAAACUUGGGCAUCGCGUUUGGCGGGCGUCGGCAGAUUACGAGUGCCGGUCCCCACGUGCCAAGCCUAGCUGAGAAGGAGAAGAAGAGGAAGGAACAGGAAGCCGAGGCAGAGCGCCAGCGACAAGAGGAAGAGCGCCGGAGGAAAGCCGAGAUUGAGGCCGAAGAGGAGCGGGCCCGGCUGGAGGAGGAGCGGAGGUGGGAGGAGGAGACUCGCCGUCUCAGGGAAGAAGAGCGGCGGAGGAUCGAGGAGGAAAAGAGACGAUGGGAAGAAGAAGAGCGCCAGUGGAGACUGACCGAGGAAAAGCGGCGUCGGGAGGAAGAGGAGGCAGAGGCCCGGUUGAGAGAGGAGCGCCAAAAAGCCCGCAACCAGAAGAGUAACCCUCAGCUGCGGGGCCAGUUCCUCAGCCAGUACCAGGCUGAAAAGGAGUCGCCAGAGAAAGCACGGAUAAGAGAGCUCGAAAAGCAGCUCGAGGAAGCGCGUCGACGUGAGGCCGAAUACGAGAGAGGGCGCCAGGGCCGGUCGCUCAAGCCAGGCAGUGGUGGCGACAAAAAAGCUCGAUCCCGGUCACGCAGCCGGGCCGCACAGCCGGUCUCUAGGCAAGACUCCUGGAGUGUGCGUGACGAGCGCAACUUCAUAGCCGCCCAAUGGAAACAGCAUCAGCAGUCAUUAGAGCAGCACGACGAACAAGACGAGGCUAUGACACCUCCUCUCCCAACUUCGCCCCGACCAUUACCGGACCCGACCGUCGCGGCCCUCUCCCCUAACAAGGUUAAGACCCACAGGACGGGUGAGGCACCGCCGGCCCUGCCAAUACGGAAACAGCACACCGGCUCGCGACCACUCCCCGACCCAGCAGCCUACGCAUCCACCUCCCCCGAAGCAUCGCGACAGCGACAGCAACCAGCAGCACUUUCCCCCAAGCCAGCUUUCCAACCCCUUCCCCAGCCGCCACAACAACAACAACAGCAGCAGCAGCAGCAGCAACCUAGCCCCAACAUGUCCCGCACCGACCGCUUCCUCGCCACCAACCCCGCUCCAGCCCCAGAGCCGGCCAAACCAACUUACUCCCGCGAACUGCUCGGCGCCACCGACGAGCGCGACGCAGAAGACCGCCGCCGCGCAGCCGCGCAAAAGAAGACAGCCGCCGGUGGGUGGGCGUCCAAGUCCCUCCUGGAGCGCGAGAUGGAGCUCGAGCGACAGCGGCAGCGGGAGUGGGAGGAGGCACAGAAGGAGAUGGCGGCCAAGGCGGCGGCGGCGGGGUCGGCCCACGGCGUGGACGGCAUCGGAGGCGGCAUCGGCGGCAGGUGGGACGUCAGCCAGUGGACGGGCUAUACGGGCGGCGAUAGCCAGAACCGCGGGGCACAGGGCAUUGGCGCCGGCAGGAGGCAGAUUGUUGGGCCUAGGCCGUUGCCGAAUCCGCCGAGGUGAGCGAGGCACGGUCCUAGUCUCAGAUGAUGAAAGAGGGGGGGAAGGUGGGUUUCGUAUGUCAUUGUCAUAGCAUUUUAUAUGCUAUGCCAGGGAUCAAGAUUAUAGCCCCUGCGGGCGCGAUUAGGAUUAAGGGGAGGGAGGCUUUGUCCAUCUGCUUUUGGAGUACAGAAUACCUCUCGUUCAGCACAGUUUGUUUCGGGGUUGACCGACGGUAGACUGAACAAGAGAUAAAUUUUAAUUACUUUAUGGCACAUCGUCUUUUCUUUCUCAUGUCCUUUAUGGGGUUGGUUGUCUGUGCAGGGGAAGUAUUGGGGAUAAGGUUGACUUAAGGUAGGUAUGUUAACCAUUGCCAUGUUUCCCAGGUCAAAUAAGCCAGGAGAGGACCACCGGGAGCCCCUCGAAAGUUGAACUUCGUACAUGGAU